AUGGAAAAAUUAGGCAUUGUGGAAAAAGUGGAACAACCUACUGAAUGGGUUAGUUCAAUAGUAAUUGUAGAAAAGGCAGAUGGUAAAUUAAGGAUAUGUUUGGAUCCUAAAGAUCUUAAUCGAGCAAUAAAGAGAGAACAUUUCAUAUUGCCGAGACAGGAAGAAAUAACCGCUAAGUUAGCAGGAGCAAAAUAUUUUAGUAAGCUUGAUGCUUCAAGUGGAUUUUGGAACAUCAAAUUAGACGAGGAAAGUUCUAAUUUAUGUGCAUUCAAUACACCAUUCGGAAGAUUUAAGUUCUUAAGAUUACCGUUUGGAAUCAAAUCUGCUAGCGAAGUGUUUCACAAAGCCGUAUGCAAAAUUCUUCAUGGAUUAAAUGGUGUCGAAUCAUUUAUCGAUGAUAUAUUAGUGUGGGGAUGUACAAAAGAAGAGCACGACAAGAGAUUAAAAGAGGUUCUAGAACGAAUCCGUACCGCAAAUUUGAAGUUAAGGCGUGAUAAAUGUGAAAUGGGAAUUUCUGAAGUGACAUAUUUCGGUCACAGGUAUACACGAGAAGGAUUGAAAAUCGACGACAACAAAGUGAAAGCGAUAACCGAAAUGAAAUCACCGACCACCAAAAAAGAACUUGAACGAUUUUUUGGAAUGGUGACGUAUAUAGCAAAAUUCGUACCAAAUUUCUCAUCAAACACAGCAGUAUUGAGGGAUUUACUGAAAAAGGAUGUACCGUUUCAAUGGGACGAUAAUCGUGAUAAAACAUUCAAAGAUCUGAAAACAUUGAUCACAAACUCUCCAGUGCUUAGAUAUUUCAACAGUACAAAGCCAGUGAAGUUAUCCGUAGAUGCAUCACAAAAUGGACUAGGUGCUGUACUAUUACAGAAAGAGUUGCCAAUCGAAUAUGCAUCGAGGGCAUUGACUACAUCGCAGAAAAAUUGGGCACAAAUAGAAAAAGAGCUAUACGCCAUCGUAUUCGGGUGUGAAAGAUUUCAUCAGUAUGUAUACGGAAGGACAAUUGAGGUAGAAACAGACCAUAAACCUCUAGAAGCAAUAUUCAAAAAGCCACUAGUAAACGCGCCUCCCAGAAUACAAAAACUUAUGUUACGAUUACAGAAGUAUGACAUUAAUGUAGUGUACAAACCAGGAAAAUUGAUGUACAUAUCAGACACUUUGUCAAGAGCUUACCUUCAUGAGUUCGACAACUCAUGUGACAAGGACAUAGAUGCACAAGUACAUUUAUUGGUAAAACAUGUGUCCGUAUCAGAGUCAAAAAUGGAUGAAUUCCGAAGAGAAACAGACUGUGACGAUGCAUUAACAGAGCUAAAGAAAACUGUAAAGGACGGAUGGCCCGAGAGCAAGUCCGAAAUAAACGACAAAAUUAAACCAUAUUGGGACUACAGAGAAGAAAUUCAUGAAGCACAAGGAUUAGUGUUCAAAGGAGAAAAAAUCGUAGUGCCGUUUGCUUUAAGAAAAGAAAUGCUGCAGAGAAUUCACGAGGGGCACCAAGGCAUAGAAAGAUGUAAAAACAGAGCAAGGGAUGUUUUGUUCUGGCCCGCAAUGUCAAAACAAAUAGAAGACAUUGUCCAAAGGUGUGAGAUAUGCAAGCGAUUUCAGAACUCAAAUGCAAAAGAACCAAUGAUUAAAGCCGAAUUACCAUCGCGACCGUGGGAGAAAGUAGCCACAGACGUGUUUGAUUUUAAAAACAGACAGUAUUUAUUAAUUGUGGACUAUUAUUCAAAGUUUUUUGAAGUUAGUAUCCUGAACAAUUUGACCAGUGAUACAGUCAUGAUGAACAUGAAGUCCAUAUUUGCACGACAUGGCAUUCCAGAAGUACUUGUAUCUGACAAUGCAAGAUAUUAUACAAGUUCAAAAUUCCAAGAAUUCGCGAAAUCGUGGGAAUUUAAACAUAUAACGUCGAGUCCGAGAUACCAACAAAGCAAUGGAUUAGCGGAAAGGACAGUGCAAACCGUUAAACAGCUACUAAAGAAAGCUGAUUAUGAAGGAAAAGAUCCGUAUAUGAGUAUUUUGAAUUUCAGAAAUACUCCGUUAGACAGUGACAUGCCGUCGCCAUCUCAACUAUUGAUGGGUCGCCGUUGUAAAACGAAAUUACCUAUAACGAAGAAGUUGUUGAGAACCGAAGUUCCGGAAAAUGCAAAGAAAACAUUUGUUAAAAAACAAGAGAAACAGAAACUGUAUUAUGAUAAGAAAACAAAAGAAUUAUCAAAAUUGAACGUUAAUGACAAUGUAUAUGUUCAAAGAGAAAAGCGUUGGGAACCAGCAGUCGUUGUUCAAAAAACAGACAAUUCGCGUUCGUAUAUUGUUAAAACAGAAAAUGACAAACUGUACAGAAGAAAUAGAAAACAUUUGAUGGAAAACAAAAACAAUGUUGUAAUUGAAAAUGACGAUUUAGACACUGAGCCAAUAGUGCAACCUAAUACUGUACAAAACGAAGUCAAUGAUUAUAACCGUACGCGUAGUGGACGAAUGGAAGUGAAAACUAAUCCCUAUAAUUAUGAUGCCUGGUUUGAUUACCUGAGGUUGUUAGAGGCAGAUGGAAAUACAGAACAAAUAAGAGAAACAUAUGAAAGAGCCACAGCAAAUUUACCUCCAUCUAAAGUGCGAUUAUGA